AUGGCGAGCGUCGGCCAGUGUUGCGCCGCCUGCUACGGCAGCGUCGGACGCCUGGAGCUGGAGGCCGCGUUCACGUCGGAGUGCGCCCACACUUUCCACCCGCUCUGCGUCUCCGGCGCCCACACGUGCCCGUCCUGCUCCGCGUUCUGGCACUUCACGCCGACCUUCCAGCCGUCUCCCUUGCUGCCGCAGCCCGCCCGGAUGCCGCCAUUGCAUCCCGGCCCUGCCUCGCGGUCAGCGUGCGGCGUCUGCAAGUGCGCCUUUGGAUACGGCGCCCCAACCUUCACGUCCGAGUGUCAGCACAGGUUCCAUCUCGCCUGCGUCACCGGCUCCGCCUGCCCGGUCUGCAACGCCCGCUGGGCAUACCGGGUGUCCUCGCACCCUUAUUUUCACCCGUACCUGUACCCGCCGCCCCCGCCCAUGCCCUCGCCGUUGAUACCGCCCAUGCCGUCGCCGUUGAUGCCGCCGAUGCCGACCUUUUUGUCUCCCUUCGUGGACCAGACAUUGCCGGCGUAUCUUCCUCACGGCGCCGACGCGUAUGACGACGACGAGCCGGCCCCCGGGGCAGCCACCGCGGCGGCGGAGGCGCAAACACGCACGCCGCUUGACCUCGUCACCGUGCUGGAUGUCAGCGGCAGCAUGGCGGGCCGCAAGAUCGCGCUGCUCAAGAAGGCCAUGGAGUUCGUCGUCGACCAGCUCGGCCCUGCUGACCGUCUCAGCGUCGUGGCCUUCUCAACGUACGCGUAUCGGGUCAUCCCGCUGACGUGCAUGUCGGACGCCGGGAAGGCCAAGGCCAAGCUCGCCGUGCAGUUGCUCAAUGCUGACGGUGGAACAAACAUCCUCAAGGGCCUCACCGAGGCUGCCAAGGUGCUCGUCGGCCGCCGGCACAAGAACGCCGUCGCCAGCGUCAUCCUUCUCUCGGACGGCCAGGACACUUUCGUCUCGGGCUACUCGAAGAACUACCGUGCUCUCGUGCCAGGCUCCUUGCUUAGCGGCGCCGGCCACCGGUCCACGCCGAUACACACGUUUGGCUUCGGCGGCGACCACGACUCGUCAGCCAUGCACACGAUCGCGGAGGAGACCGGCGGCACUUUCUCUUUCAUCGAGGACGAGACGGUGGUGCAGGACUCGUUCGCGCAGUGCAUCGGCGGGCUCCUCUCCGUCGUCGUCCAGGAGGCGCUGAUCACCAUGAAGUGCGUGCACCCAGUGCGCGUCCGUGCAGUCAAGUCCGGGCGCUACGACAGCAGCAUCGAUGCGUACGCUCGCUCUGCCUCUGUGGACGUCGGCGAGCUCUACGCGGACGAGGAGAGGCGCUUCCUCCUACUAGUGGACGUCCCCAAGGCCGGCGACGCUGACGAAGUGACGCAGCUCAUGAAGGUGACCUGCACCUACCGCGACACGGCGACAGCGCAGGUGAUGGACGUGGCCGGCGAGGACGUGGCGGUGCAGAGGCCCGUGGAGGUGGCCAAGGACCAGCAGCCGUCCAUGGAGGUCGCUUGGGAGAAAUUCCGCGUGGAGGCGACGGAGGACAUCGCGGCCGCGCGGGCCGCCGCGGAGCGCGGCGAGUACGCGGAGGCCGCGAGGAUACUGGACCGCGGGCAAGAGGCGCUGGUGCCGGCGCUGGCAGACGACGCGAGGUGCAAGGCGCUGGUGGAGGAGCUACGUGAGCUGAGCACCCGCGUGGCGAGCCAGCGGGAGUACGAGAAGUCGGGGCGCGCGUGCAUCCUGACUGGCCACAGCUCCCACGCGCAGCAGCGCGCCGCGUCGGCCUUCGUGGCCGGUGCCGGAGGAGGAUAUCGUUGCCCCCCGCCGCCCGGGGCAGCUCCGGGCGCGGCGCCGUCGGUUCUUGGUUUUGGCGCCGCCGGGGUGUACGCCACGCCGGCGAUGCAGGUGAUGGCGGGCGCGUCGAGGCAACUACGUGAGCAGCAGCAGCAGGCGACGUUGAAGAGGAAGAGCGGAAGCAAUGGCGGCAACUAA